AUGGGGACUCUCGUGGCCAAACUUCUCCUGCCCACCCUCAGCAGCCUGGCGUUCCUCCCCACGGUGAGCAUUGCUGCCAAAAGGCAGUUCCACAUGGAGGCCAUGGUCUACCUCUUCACCAUGUUCUUCGUGGCGCUCUACCACGCCUGCAAUGGGCCCGGCCUGUCGGUUCUCUGUUUCCUGCGCCACGACAUCCUGGAGUACUUCAGCGUCUACGGGACGGCCCUGAGCAUGUGGGUGUCACUGAUGGCACUGGCCGACUUCGAUGAGCCCAAGCGGUCGACUUUAGUGAUGUUUGGCGUCCUGACCAUCGCUGUGCGGAUCUACCAUGACCGCUGGGGCUACGGGGUGUACUCGGGCCCCAUCGGCACAGCCGUCCUCAUCAUCGCGGCCAAGUGGCUGCAGCAGAUGAAGGAGACGAGGCGCCUGUAUCCUGACAAGAGCGUGUACACCCAGCAGAUAGGCCCCGGCCUCUGCUUUGGGGCGCUGGCCCUCAUGCUGCGCUUCUUCUUUGAGGACUGGGAUUACACCUACGUCCACAGCUUCUACCACUGUGCCCUGGCCAUGGCCUUCGUCCUGCUGCUGCCCAAGGUCAACAAGAAGGCUGGAAGCGCGGGGCCCCCCGCCAAGCUGGACUGCUCCACCCUUUGCUGUGCUUGUAUCUAA